AUGAGCUCUUCCAGUCCUAAAGCACCAGAUAAUAAAAAAGUAACUUUGAAAAGUAAUGACGACAUUGAAUUCAAAGUUGAUAUAUCAGUUGCUAGUCGUUCUAUAUUACUUAAAAAUAUGAUUGAAGAUGUUGGUGAGACUGAUCAAGUAAUUCCUCUUCCUAAUGUUAAGGAGAAGGUCUUAAAAAAAGUUCUUGAUUGGUGCGAGCAUCAUGUAAAUGAUCCACAGCCAACUAACGAAGAUGAUGAUAGUCGUAAGAGAAAUACCGAGAUUGAUGAUUGGGAUCAAAGAUUUUUAAAUGUGGAUCAAGACAUGCUCUUUGAAAUUAUUCUGGCUGCAAACUAUUUAGAUAUUAAACCAUUAUUAGACAUUGGUUGUAAAACCGUUGCAAAUAUGAUUAAAGGAAAAUCACCUGAAGAAAUUAGAGCUACAUUCAACAUUGAGAAUGACUUUACUCCAGAAGAAGAAGAACAAAUUCGUAAAGAAAAUGAAUGGGCAGAAGAUAGAUAA